UUAAGCCGCCUCCGCUACGCGCAAGGACGCCGCCGCCGCUCAGCAGAGAGCAGACCGCACUCCGCCCCCUCCCAAAUUCCCACUCCCACCUCUGGUUCUCCUCCGCAGCUCGGAUCAUCUGCUAUAAUGGCGUCUGCUGCUGGAGACGCAUCCCGAUUCGUCGGUAAUCCGCAGCUAGAUCGCCCCACUUCGUUCCAAUCCGUCCUGUCUUUUCUUCUCGUUCCGCCCAUGUUUGGCAUUGCGUGUUUUCCGGACAGAGCCGUGUUAUUUAGACGCUUAGAUAUUUCUAGGCUUUCGUACGUGUUCGCACUCGCACGGCUUCCUUGACAAAACCCUAAACCCUCCGCCGCGCUGCAGCUCCGACGUGCGCCUUAGGUUCUAGAACAAGGCGAGUAGCACGCCUUUACCUCCCCGGCUCGCCUUACUACCUAAGCGUCUCCUAGGCGACGCUUGAAUACUAUGUAUAUACUUUGUUUCAAUAGUUAACCUGGUAGUUUGGAUUUUUUUUUAAAUUCUAGCUAACAAUUUGUUUAAUACAUAUGCUGAACUCUUGUUAAGGUGCCAUUAAACUGGAAGGAUUAGAGACGGCAAAAGCUAGUGGUGCAUGCCAGCUUGUUGUGAAGUAUCUGAAAGAAUAAUUUGUUGGUGAAUAUACAUACCCCUGCUUGCGUGCUGGUGCAAUUUAUGAAAGAAAGUAUUUGCUGGGGACUUCAAUGGCUAGGCCUGUUAUUGCUAAGGCAAUGGUUGAUGUUGCCAAGGAAGUUGAUGCAGAUUGUUGCUUGUGGAUGCACCGAGAAAGGCAAUGAUCAGGUAUCAGAAGAUUGGCAUCGUCGCAGGUGUUCCUGUUUGCAUCAACGGAUAAGACGUGUCGCCCACAUCCGUCUCCUCGCUGAGCUCAAUGAAAUUGGUGGGAAGCAUGGGAGGAGACUUCCUCGUUUGAUGACGGGGAAAUCUAUAACCAGGCUGACGCCGAGGGGGGGUCAUCAGGCUCUGGUCUCCCGACCGGGGUCCGGGCGAUGCUGGAGAAGGGUAUCUGAAUCUUUCUUUGUUUGAUUCAGAGACAAAAUCCGUUCUUGGGAAAUCGUUGUUGGGUCGGUGAUCACAGACGGAUGGGAAUCAUGUGGAAUUUUGUUUACAUGUUGACUAACUAUAGUUAGUUGACCGUGCAUCUGUUUCUAUAUAUAUCAUAUAGCUAUACAUUGGUUUGAUGGGUUAUCUAAAAUAUCUAUCUUUUAUAUAUAGUACAAACCAACACAGGCUUGGUUU